AGGGGCUUCGUUCCGGGAAAUACAAAUUUCUAGGAGUGCGGAAGUGAGGCUGGUGCCGGUGAGUCCGGUGGCUUAAACAGGCAUGAAGAUCACCAGGCAGAAACACGCCAAGAAGCAUCUCGGCUUUUUCCGCAACAAUUUCGGAGUCCGCGAGCCCUACCAGAUCCUUCUGGAUGGCACUUUCUGCCAGGCGGCGCUGCGGGGUCGCAUCCAGCUGCGGGACCAGCUGCCCCGCUACCUUAUGGGAGAGACCCAGCUGUGCACCACGAGAUGUGUGUUAAAGGAGUUAGAAACACUGGGAAAGGAAUUAUAUGGAGCAAAACUGAUUGCACAGAAAUGCCAGGUUCGAAACUGUCCUCAUUUCAAGAGCCCAGUGAGUGGGUCUGAAUGUCUCCUGUCCAUGGUGGAUGAGGGGAACCCUCAUCAUUAUUUUGUGGCCACACAGGAUCAGAACUUAUCUGUGAAAGUCAAGAGGACUCCUGGAAUUCCUCUCAUGUUCAUUAUUCAGAACACUAUAGUGUUGGACAAGCCUUCUCCCAGAACAGUGGCCUUUGUGAAGGCGGUCGAGGCGGGUCAGCUGGUCUCAGUGCACGAGAAACAGAGUAUCAAGCAACUGAAGGAGGAGCAAGGCCUGGUGCGGAACCCGGACCUGAGGAGGAGGAGGAGGAAAAAGAAGAAGGUGGGCGGCCCCAAUCCUCUCAGCUGCCUGAAGAAAAAGAAGAAAGCACAGGAUACAAAGUCCCCUGCUUCCGAAAAGAAAAGGAAAAGGAAACGGAUUCGGAACAGAUCCACCCUGAAAGUGUCUUCUGAGCAGCAGGGUGCAGAAGGCUGAUGUGUGCUGGGGAUACUCUGGAAGACAGUGGAAACUAACUUCCUGUUCAAACUGUGAAAAUGUGUAUACCAGAGGACUAACUUAUUUUUGUAAACUACUACUGCUACAUACACUUUUGCCAAAAGUAAAGAAUAGUUGGGUUUGUCAGUGUGCAUCUUCAGUUGUUGCUUUGGGGAUGUAUUUUUAUUAUAAAAUUAUCUCCAGUUUCUCCCCUUCUCACCCUCCAAGUGCUGUGUAUGUGUGUGGUAUAUGAGUGGUAUGUGUUUGUGAGCCUCUCUCUCUCUCUCUCUCUCUCUCUCUCUCUCUGUGUGUGUAGGUGCAGUAGUGUUUGUGAGCUUGUUGGGCGGUGGGGGGGGGGGGUGAGCGUGUGUAUGAAGCAGCUAGAGGUCAGCAUGAAGUGUCUUUCUCUAUCACUCUCUACCAUUAUUUUUUGAGAGAGUUUCUCACUGAAUCAAUAACUUGCCAGUUAAGUGGUCCUGGAUGGCCGUUAAGCCCCAGAGAUCCUCCUGUCUCCUUUCUGGUGCUGGGAUUGACAGCAUUCACUGUUGAAUGUGGCUUUCUGUAUGAGUCUGAGGAUCUGAACCCAACUCCUCACAGUAGUACGGCAGGUAAGGUCCUGACUGAGGCAUCACCCCAGCACCACAUAAUUUUAAAAGUCAGUCCUAAGGCCAGUGAGAUGACUCAGUGGGUGUCUUAGUCAGGGUUUCUAUUCCUGCACAAACAUCAUGACCAAGAAGCAAGUUGGGGAGGAAAGGGUUUAUUCUGCUUACACUUCCACAUUGCUGUUCAUCACCAAAGGAAAUCAGGACUGGAACUCAAGCAGGUCAGGAAGCAGGAGCUGAUGCAGAGGCCAUGGAGGGAUGUUCUUUACUGACUUGCCUCCCCUGGCUUGCUCAACUUGCUCUCUUAUAGAACCCAAGACUACCAGCCCAGGGAUGGCACAACCCACAAGGGGCCUUUCCCCCUUGAUCACUAAUUGAGAAAAUGCCUUGCAGUUGGAUCUCUUGGAGGCAUUUCCUCAACUGAAGCUCCUUUCUCUGUGAUAACUCCAGCCUGUGUCAAGUUGACACACAAAACCAGCCGGUACAGUGGGUAAAGACGCCUGCUGCCUACCUUGAUAACUGAACCUCGUCCCUGAGACCUAGAGACCAGACCUGACUCCCAAAAUUGUCUUCUUACCUCCACACCUCCACGCAAAACAAAUUAAUGUCAUUUGUAAAAGUCAGUUCUAAGGGAGGAAAGGGGGAUAGCUUACCCAUUAUUUUGUAUAUGGCAAUAAAAUCUGUAAGAGCUUAAGAUAAAAGUUGUAUCUUUGACAGUUGGAGAAACCUCCACAUUCAACUAACUGUUGAAUACAAUGCUACCGUCUGCUCUCAAUAGCCUGGAAAGGAUGGCUAUAGCACCUUACAUUUUCCUAAUAAACAAGUGUUGUAGUAUUUAUUGGUCAUAAACUCGUUUUUAGCAUUGUGCAUGGCUGAGCAAGGUGACAUGUAGUGUGGCUAAAUUUAUUACAUUGCUCUUCCUGAAACUAAUAGCGUUGGGCUUCUUCAUUGCCCAGUAACAUGGCAUAUAGUUACACUCAUCCAAUAGUUUGAAGUCAUUUUUACCAUGCAAUACUUAGCUGGGUUCUCCUGAUGUCCUCCAGUGUGGCUGUGCUUUCUGCUGAGCAUGCUACUCAGAUAUUGUUAGGUACUGUCCUCUGGAGAACUGUCAUGGUAGGCUUUUUUUCUUCUUCUUGUAUUCCCUUGCUGUAAUAAAGCACAAAGCAAGUAAGAAAUCCAUAUUUGAGAGUAUCUACUGCCUUUAUUACAAACUACAUGAGUCCUAGCUGAAGUUCACUUCAAUUUUCUUAAAUCUUGUUUAUUUAUUGUCCUAAGGAAAACAUUCCAUUUUUAAGCCCCACAGGUUCAAUAAUGUGUUGAUUUUUGUUUCUGAUAGCUGAUCUGAAUACUAUCCCUCAAUGGCAAGAAUUCUAAAAUAAUGUUCUACUGGGUAUUCUGAUAAAGUGUCCAAAUUAUUUGAUUCAAUUAGAAAAUUGAAUGUCUAGGUUUAUGUAAAAUAAAAUGGUUGUGAUUUGACAAGUUU